AUGGCCGACGUGGAAUGGACGACAGAGUCAGCCAUACGUUUGAUGGAGGAGUACAGGCAGCGGCCGGAGCUGUGGGACACUGCCAACGAGUUGUACAGGGUUCAGACGGCGAAGUAUGAAGCCUGGUCGGACUUAGCGCGAGUGUUUCAAUGCGACAUCGCUGAUUUGCGAAAGAAGUUGAACUCGAUAUUCGCUUCGCAUCGGCGGGAAAAAGCGAAAAUUCGCUCAGGUGGCAGGUCGACGUGGUUCUUGUACCCUUACAUGAGGUUCUUGCCCAACCAUUUGGAGAACGAUAAGCAUACAGAAGUUAUAACGGCCACAAAAAAUGACGAGGCUCAAUCACAAUCAGAAGAAUCUGAACAAUCAUCAGACAAUGAUGAUGAUGACGAGGAAGACAACAAUGAUAACCGACAAGUAACUGGCGUGACUAUUAAAGAGGAACCAGCCGCAGAAUCUUAUGUUAAAGAUAACAGGAAAACUAUUAAACGGACCAGAGUGAACAAUUCACUGCCACGUCCUACGAGACCUUUGUUAAAAAGACGAAUAGUCAAAGAAAGAGAUAAUUCAAGCACAACUCGUCUUGACAAUAGGCUUCUAGAAACCCUAAAGCUACUAAGAAAAUCCGAUUUAUCAAAGAAGAAAGAUGAAUGUGACAGUUUCGGAGAGUACAUCGCUAUAUCAUUAAGGAAACACGAUGAAAGAACACAGAGUAUGAUAAAACAAGCAAUUAACAAUAUAUUAUUUGAGCAGGAAAUGAAGAAAUAUAGCACAGGACAGUAUACCGUUGUGAUUUCAGGUAUUGAUGAAAAUCCAUUAGUUAUAGGCGAUGAUAAAUAA